AUGAAUGGAGAUACUGAUGGGAGAGUUCCAGUAACAUCUACACGUUAUAGCAUCAAGAAGAUGGGACCUAAGGUGGAGUCACCAUGGAGGUCAUGGUUCCACAAGAGUCAAGUAGCUGGAUGGGUUGAAACUUAUGCUGGAGGACUAACUUUUGCCACCGUAAGGGGAGCCGGUCAUCAGGUUCCUGUCUUUGCUCCAGCGCAAUCUCUUUCCUUAUUCUCCCACUUUCUUUCUUCCACUCCAUUGCCUGCAAAACGUUUCUGA